GUAGGUACCAAUGACCCACCGGGCAAUAAGCCAAUAAGCCAAUAAACCACUUAACGCGAAUAGCUUUAGACGCGUCUGAAUUUAUAAAAAAAAAAAGAAAAAGCGCGUCGUCAAGUCUUAAAUUUAUAAGUGCCAGGCAGUACUCGUGACAAUAACUUUCUCUUUUAAUUACCAUAUAACAGACUAGCGCAGAUUAAAAUUAUACCUAAUUGGCCAUGGCAGAAGCAGAUCUAGCAGAACUGAACGAACAGUUCGGUACGCCGAACAAGGAACUACAACCUGAUGUCGUCUCCGAGUUGCGAUCCAUCAUGCGGAUACAUUCCCUGUCCGCCCAGGACUUAUUCUUCAAAUGGGAGUCUUAUUGCAUAAAGAUGGACAUGGAUGGAAAUAAUAUAUCGGUAGAGAGCUUGCGGGCUCUAAAGCAAGACAUCCAAGAUUCCCUGGAGCGAAGCAACCGAACGCACCACGUUCACAUCAAGACGGAGAAGCGCUCGAGUGGGACACCGCGUAAUAAUGCUAAGGUUGGCGGCGAUGUGUACGGUAUGUUGGAAGGAAUGGUACCUGGCACUCCAUCUACAGCCAAGUUGAGCAAGAGUGCCUCUAAGAGACGAAAUCAACUCGAGACACCCUCGGUGGCUCGGGAGUUAGAGUCUCUAAAUGUUGGCUCGGCAACUUCCUUUAAUGACCGUCAGAAUCCAGGAGAGGUUAUAGAAGUACUUAAUGACCACCUUAAACCUCCUGAGCCCCCAAUCGCACCACAUUCUGAAUCACGGAUCAAAUUGACCGCAGCUUCAGAUAUGAAAAAGCUAGGUUACAAAACUCUCGCUAUGAAAUCUUCAGAAGCAUCUGAAAUUCUAGACGACCGAAUAGACGAAUUUAUGGGAUUAUUAAGAGAUCAGCAAAACAUUGACGAGAGCGAAUUCGGCAGCGCGGCGAGUCAAAGUACUACGGAAAUUGUUGCUGUGGGCCGGAUUGCGUCUGAUUCUUCGGAAGGCAAGCUUAAUGCGGCAUCUGUCGUUUUAGAGACUUCGAGGCGGACAGGGGGAGGUCGAAGAAUUCCUCUAAACUUACAAAAGCUAAAUGGACGCUACCAGUUUUUCCCGGGGCAGAUUGCUGCAUUCAGGGGUAUCAACUCAUCCGGGAAAGAAUUCGUUGUCCGGGAAGUACUGGAAAUGCCCCUACUACCUAGCGCUGCGUCUACACCAGCCGGUAUCGAGGCUCAUCGGGAGAGGCUCAGGGGUGGCCCAAACGCGAUGGACUCGGGCGAAGAACCGGCACCGUUGAACAUAAUAUUCGGCUCGGGUCCCUAUUCGGCUGACGACAAUCUCGACUUCGAGCCCCUUCAUGCGCUCUGCAGCCAAGCGGCAGACACAUACGCCGACGCCCUUAUAUUAACAGGACCUUUUAUCGACGUCGACCAUCCCCUAAUUGCCACGGGAGACUUCGAUCUUCCAGAAGACGCGACUGUAGACCCAGACGCUGCGACAAUGUCUACAGUUUUCAAGUACAUGAUUUCUCCGGCUCUAAACCGACUUGCCGCAUCAAAUCCAACCAUCACCAUUCUUUUGGUACCAUCCGUACGAGACGUCAUCGAAAAACAUGUAUCAUGGCCCCAAGAUUCCUUCCCCAAAAAGGAGUUAGGGCUACCCAAAGCUGCACGUAUAAUCGGCAACCCCAUGACCUUAUCCCUGAACGAGACGGUACUCGGAAUUUCGUCACAGGAUAUCCUUUGGGGCCUCCACCACGAGGAACUUAUCGGCAACCGGCCUCCCGAUAGCCACGUGUUUUCGAGGACUCCUAAAUACUUGAUCGAGCAGAGGCAUUAUUUUCCCAUAUUCCCUCCAGUAGACCGGUCAAAACUGCCCAAGGUCGGGACGGCAGAUGGACUUCCGCCUGGUGCCAUGCUUGAUACGAGCUAUCUGAAAUUAGGCGAGAUGGUGACGGUGAGACCAGAUAUCAUGAUCAUUCCAAGCGCUUUACCUCCGUUUGCAAGGGUGGUGGAGAGUGUUGUAAUCGUCAACCCUGGAUAUCUUUCGAAAAGGAAAGGCCCGGGUACGUAUGCUCGGAUGACUCUAUUUCCACCGGAAGUGACGGAUGAAGAGUUGAGUAGCGGGAGUAUGGUCUGUCAUAAGGUAUUUGAAAGGGCUAGGAUCGAAAUCACGAGGAUAUAACAUGUAAAAUUACCUGCAUUAAGACGGAGUCUAGUUGGAGAGUACAUAACUAAACCAACUGAAUACCAAUGUGGACUAAUAAUACCCUUAUAAAACAAACAGCUUACAACAUUAGGUACCCGUCAGACUAGCAUAUUAUAUCUUGAGGAUUUGGGAGUAAGCUGCGUAUCAUUUAUGGCAUUUAUAUAAAUAUCCA